AUGGCCAACUCGCGCGCAAGCACCCUUGCUGCCGCUGCUGCUGCUGCCUCGACUGCGGCCGUCAAGCCGCUGAGCUACGUCUCGCUGCGCAGCCACGACGGCAAGCAUGUCAUUCUCCCUGUGGCCGCCGCAGCGGGGUCGCGUGUCCUCCACGGCAUCUUUCAAGGCCUGUAUGUGAUGCGGCUGCAUCAGUGCAACUCGCCCGCGGACCAGCCACCGCAUGCGCAACACGAGCAGUACCCGAUGGUGGAAGAAGAUGCGCAGCAAGGAGAACUUCACAUUCCAAGGUCAGGCAGCAGCAGCAGCAGCGGCAGCGAUGUCGCCAACAAGGCGCACGGCAGUGCUGAGGUAAAGGUGGACGAUCCGAUCCCCAUUAUUGAGGACGAGGAUGACAUCGAAGAGGACGAGGCCAGACACCAGGUCAAUGGUGCCGCCUAUCGAAGCUACGCCGCUGUAUUUCCCAGCAACGUGGCGUGUGUACCGCCACCGCCUUCGCCGCUGCUGUCGACGUCGCCACCUGCUGCGCCAUCGCCAUGUGUGCCGCCGCUUCUUGAAGUGCCGAUUUGCUCACUGGAGUUCAGCACGCUGAUGCGUGUUGCCGAGUUUCUUGUGGUGAAGAUCACGCUAGCGAGUCAUCCGCAUUACCUACACGAAGCUAACGUCUUUGGCGACCUGGACCGCACCUCGGAGCGGGACCAGCUUGUGGCGAUGCAGGUGUUACUGGGGGCUGACUUCCUGAACUGCUAG